UGAAAUCACACUCCUUUCUGUCUCGCACAGGAAUGCUUUGUGUGCCAAGUUACUGAUUUUGUGGGUGGAGAUAGAUUCGGCCUGUAAAAAUGUACUUGGGACGACACAGAAUCCAUUUCCUGCACACAGUCGCAACACUCCCACGCACUGAAAUUAGCUGCUCUUUAUAGAGUCUGUGGCAUAGGACCCUUGCAAACAACCAUGGCGUCCCCAAUGAGAAGUUUGCUGUCUGACCAUGGCCACUACGUUGAAUCUUUUCGCCUAUUCCUCGAGAAUUCAACAGAGCAUCAGUGUAUGCUGGAAUUCAUUGAGAAGAAGCUACCUGGUAUAAUAUCAAGUAUUGGUAAUGGAAGAUCUACAAUCAAUAUUCUUAGCGUUGGGGGUGGUGCAGGUGAAAUUGACCUUCAGAUUCUCAAAAAAGUACAGGCUAAAUACCCUGGAGUUAUAAUUUAUAAUGACGUCAUAGAACCAAGUGUUGAACAAAUUAUCAACUACAAAGAACGUGUAGCAAAGACAUCAAACCUUGAGAACAUAAAGUUUUCUUGGCACAAGGAGACAUCACUGGAAUAUGAAAGCCGAAUGAAGGCGAGUGGUGAUGUGAAGAAAUGGGACUUCAUCCAUAUGAUUCAGAUGCUGUAUUAUGUAAAAGACAUCUCUGCUACUGUUCGUUUCUUUCACGCUCUUUUGGAAUCUGGGGCCAAACUUCUUAUUAUUCUUGUCUCCGGAACCAGCGGCUGGGCUAGGUUGUGGAAGAAAUAUGGUCCUCGCUUGCCUCUUAAUGAUCUUUGCUUAUAUGUUUCAUCCACGGAUAUUGAAGAGGAAGUAACAUCAAGGACAGAUGUCCUGAUUUAUGGAACAAAGGCUACAGUAGAAUUCAAGGUAUCUAGGCCAAGGUACUCAGCAACUGAUAGCAUCUAAGUGCUAAAGAAUGAUGUUUCAGACAUUCCAUGUUUCAGUUUGACUGGUGACAAUUCACAGAUCCAAGGCUUCCAGAGAUUUGUGAAGCAGCAAAAUCCAACUGUCUUGUAUCAUUAGCUGAGAGCAUGAAUGAGGUAGGUGUGGGGUGGGGGAGAAUGAUUAAACAGGUAUAAAGUAUUUCACAACUGAAUGAAAGCUUGCCCCCUAUAAACCCAGGAUUUGUAUGCCAGUAUAUCUCGCUUUACAAAUGAAGCACUAACUUGGUGCUAAGGGUGGUCAUCUUGUUGCUUUCUCUCUCUCUCCACUCUAAUCUUGUGCAUACUUGGAGAAUAUAAGAGCAGGACACAGCAGAACUCCCUACCACACCACCACCAUUUCAAUGUCUCCUAGCCUCAUCUGGUACAUGAUCAAGAUUUGCAUGUUUUAUUCUGCCAUCAGCCUAAAUACCUUCCAAAGGGGAUUUUUAAAUAGGAUGAUGUUUCUUCUCUAUAGUUACCUGAUUGACUAACGCAGGAUAGUUAAAGCUAUGGCUCAUCUACUCCAUUCCUCAAAAUGAAACAUACGUUGCUCAGAUCAGCGUGUAGCAAAACGAUGUGAUUUAAGAUGAUCCCUUGGCAAUGACAUUCACAGUUUUUGCACAGGCAAAAUGGCAUUAGUGCUUCUUGUCAGUUUCCCAAAUGUCGGCAGGAGCAGAUUAAUGUAUGUUCUAACGGUGUGCACUUUCCUCAGCAGUCUGAGGUUUAAAAGCUUCUUUUUAUUUUGUUUGUUUUUGCAUUGAACAUAUUUGUACUAUUGUUGUGGUUCCUUAAUGAACACAGUCCAGACUGUUUGGACUACAGUAAAAAUAAGCUGUAUUUAAUAGGCAUUGCUGUUCUUUCUGCUGUAUUACAGAGUGAUGGAUAUGACUAACUGUAACCUUUCAGCACACAUUUAUCAGUUGGGAUUUUUUUUUAAAGAUAGCUGAAGGUUAUUAACUGUUUCUUAUUCAGGUGAUGGGGAAUGUAGGCAAGAGCCUCAGUGCUUCCAUUUUUUCCACUUCAGUUCUUUGCCAAAGAUAUUAACAUGAGUAGUUAACACAUUUAUUUUGCUUUAUGAUUUUUGUGGUUACUGACAGGACUUCAUAGAUAAACUUCAAGUAAUUGAGAAUUUGAGUGAAUGCAGUUAUCCUACAGAAUGAGAUUAGCUACUGUGAGGCUUUUUGCCUGUAAAGUAUUCAUGACAAAAGGGAAAAAGAAGGA